GUGGAACUUCGACUAACCGUCGCUGAUGUAAUAAUUUACGUUAAGUUCAGUGCUAGGCACCAACAGAAGCCAUGGACGAGCCACAACUAACCCCAACAAUCAAAUCCCUGUGUCUCUCGCAUCUGUCGAUGUAUCGCACAUCAUGCCUCCCAUUGUCAAACGACGAAAGCUUUCAGACCUAACUGUAGGAGAUACAACCGAAUUGCUUUAUAAGCUCGAGGAAUUUCGUUCCAACCUUGAUGAAGGAGACGAGGAUUUGCCUGCUAGUUUGAUCGAUACACUCCAAGAACUGCAUGACAAAUUGGAAGACGUUAAGCACACUUCCUUCUCUAAGGUGGAUCCAAUGACGCUCCUUUCAUUGAAGAUAUCGUCUGGUCCACUUUUCCUGAUCAGCGACAAGAGGCGAGAAGUCGAAAACCUUGGAUUGGCCGAAACACCAGGGUGUCUUCCGAUUGACACUACGCGAUUUCUGAUAAGUUUAGUGCGCGGCCACGUCGCAACGGUGACGGAAGCUGGAUGUCGCAUCUUGAUCAACAUGCUCUUGUUGAGAGUUGUAUCAGUCAUGUGUCCGGGUGACACGACGGUGAAUAUAAUUCCAGAAUUUCCUCUCCCUAGAACGACCUUCAACCGAGACUCUGGCAAAUGUUCGUUUAUUGGCGUCGUCGACUUCCUGGUGACUAAACUCCCCGCUCGGUAUACCGAAUACCUCCUGGGUGAUCCGACUACUGCACUGGCGAAUCCUGGAUACAUCGAGGGACCAAUGACGUCCAACAUAUUCGAAGCCAAGCGCGAUAAUGUUCGGGCCACUCUGCCUCGGGCUGCAAUUGCUGCGGCUUCGUAUUGCCAAUUGCAGGGCUUAUCUGCCGUCAGGGGUGUUGUCACCAGCGGAGAACAGUGGGUAUUCUUCGUGUACGAAGGGCACACAGAUAGUACUGGGCUAGUCCGAUCUUCUCCCGAAUACACUCUGGGACGGAAUCUCGAAGGUCUAGCCUUGGUUCUUGGCCUCUUGCGGGAUUCGAUUGAUAACGCAAAUAACUCCGACUAUACAUUCUUCACUACUACGUGACGAAUACGUACAGCACGUUCUGGUCUCAGGAUAGCGUCCUAUUAGGGCUGCUAUUCUUCUUCUCCGAUAAUUUUUCUCGAUGUCGCUUGCAUGACUUGGUAGAUGCUGCGGACGACCGGCCGAGGAUGUACGCGGGGAGGAGGAGGAACAUGGGCAGGUGGCUCCUGAUGUAUGCGGGGUCCAAGCGACUUUCAUUUAAGAGUCACAAUCAACGAUCCAGUGUUUUAAGCGGUUGCAAUUCCUCGUAUUCAAAGAGUUCAGAUUGUUUGGGGGUUACUACUGGACAAAAAUAAAUUGCAACUUGA